CUGUGAACAUGACAUUCGUGUGUUUUGCAUUUUACAAGUUUGCAUCCAACAAUUUGACCUGAUAAAUGAUUCAAUCCUAUGAUUAAUAAAUAAGUGUAAAUGUUAUUUCACAGGUUCCUCGGAAGUGCGAUAGUGGUAAUCUAUUUAUUAAUCGAUAUAGUUGCGGUUAGCCAAUAUUUGCAGUUAUAACGUCAUGGCAUGCAGUGGGAGUCAAUGCACCUAUAGUACAGAAAAAAGGGUGAACUAUCUCACUCAAGAAAAUGCUGCAGCUUUAGAUCAAGAUUUAUUCAAUGAAUACAAGUUUAGUGUUGAUCAACUCAUGGAGUUGGCAGGGCUGAGUGUAGCUACUGCAGUUGCUCGUGUUUUCCCUGCUUCAACUCAUCGUUCUGCGCUGAUUAUUUGUGGGCCAGGCAAUAAUGGAGGAGAUGGAUUAGUGGCCGCUAGACAUAUGACUCUAUUUGGUUACACAGUUGCAGUAUAUUAUCCAAAGAGAACACCAAAUGUUCUGUACGAAAACCUGCUUUCACAAUGUGAAAGAUUUGGUGUGAAUAUUCUUAAUGACUUGCCACAACCAGAAGAACUUAAAAAUGAGUACAAGCUUUUAGUGGAUGCACUGUUUGGCUUUAGUUUUAAACACCCAGUCAGAGAAGCAUUGAAGCCUGCUUUGGAUGCAUUAAUCUAUUCAGGAUUGCCCGUUUGUAGUGUAGACAUCCCUAGUGGAUGGCAUGUGGAAAAAGGUCCGGAUUCAGAGAACUCCCUUAAACCUGCACUCCUUAUUUCACUAUCAGCACCAAAGCUAUGUGCAAAACCUGAGAUUCUAAUAAAUGUGAAGCAUUUCCUGGGUGGUAGGUUCUUGCCUCCUGGCAUUGUAGAGAAAUAUAAUUUAACAUUGCCAUCUUACCCAGCACAAGACCAAGUGGUGGAAUUAUAACGGAUUAAAUGAAAUUUAUGGAUUUUUUUGUUAUAUUAUGGAAUAAAUAAAAAUAAUAUUAAA